AUGAUUUUGGUUGAGGCGUAUUUUCUGGCUUCUCCAAUUGUCAUGGAACCAACCCAAUCAGAGGAGGCUGUCCAUAAAUCUUGGCUUUGAUUGAUGCGGUCUAUUUGCUCUUGUGUCAUCACAAGGUCAGCAUCUCUAAGUCUAAAAGCUGGACUUGCAAAUGCAGCUAAGACGAAGCCUAAGAAAAUGAUGUUUUUCAUAUUAUUGUUUCCCCAUAACUUAUCUUCUUAA